GUUUAUCGAUAGCUCUGAACUGUAUGUGAGAGAGCCUCUCAACAUCUGACAGUAACCACAUGGAAUUUCGAGUGACGUUUCACCAACAAGCAGCAACACCAGCACCAACAGCAGUAGCAGUAUCAUAUACACACACACACACUGCCGUACAUUCCCAUCGUGUACGUAGUGGUUUCUGAGCGACUAUCAUCGUCAUCACACAAAUGCAAUCGUGUGUACAUCACGAGUAGAAAAAGUCAAAACACAUAAUUAUUUGGACCAAUCACACGAGACCACAUAAACCGAGAACCGCCGCAGCGCUAGUAAAAAUAAAUGGUUUCAUCGGUUCAUAUGUUGUACAUUUAAAAGACACAAGCAAUAUACAACUUAUCGUCUUUAUUUUGAACAGAACAAAAAAAUUAAAGGCAAAAUUAAAGAGCCUUUGUUCAUACUGAAAAGCAAAGUGUUUAGGAUUGGUCGGUCCGUAAUUUUCGUUCAUCUUUUAUUUUAUUUGAAGAAUUUGUCAUUUUUUAGAGAAAAAAAAGAGAGAAAAAAGCGAAAAAAAGAAAGAAGAAUUUGUCGAAGAAAAAAAUUUGUCAAUGAACAAAAAUGAACAAAUUCGUUGAGUGAACACGAUCAACGAAAAUUAAAACAUUGAAAUUCACUUUUUUCUGAACUGCCCAACGAAGAAGUGAGUGUUUUUUGUGCGUGUGUGAUACGGAAAUACGGAAAAGAUCAAUUGCUGCGCCGAGACAUAAAAGAAAAUAACAACAAAAUCCUGUAAUAAAAAUUGAGUCGAAACAGUGGCACAUCAACAUUCUAUAAAUAUCAUUCCCGAUAAUCGAAUACAUUAGCAACGACAGACGAAACAAGAGCUAUAUAGAGAAAGAAAGUGGUGGAAGAAAAGACUAGUGAACCCGUCCACCUGGCGCUUAGACACGAAUAUUGAAAAAAAAAAUUGCGAAAUAAUCACAGUGACCAUUCGCGUCCAAACACUCGGUCAUUUCAUUGGCGCUGCAUAAACAAAUCCGAGGCGAUUCAGAACACACACAAAAUGGGCAUAAAUACAAUCGAUAUGAACAUGCAAUCACUGACUGACAAACGAUUGACAGCCUGUCUAUUGUUGUUAAUUCUAGAGCUAUUCUUUGAUGGUGCUGAAAGUGCGGUAUCACAGCAAGAAGUCGAUCGACACUUAGAAUUGGGAAAGCAAUUUUUAGUCAAUGGUCAAUUAAGCGAUGCGCUAACACAUUACCAUGCAGCUGUUGAGGGUGAUCCGCACAAUUAUUUGAUAUACUAUCAACGAGGUACGGUGUAUUUGGCGUUGGGUAAAGCGAAAUUUGCAUUGAACGAUCUAACAAAGGUGUUGGAGUUGAAGCCACAUUUUGUGGCGGCUCGAUUUCAACGUGGUACCGUGUAUAUGAAAAUCGGUGAUUAUGAUAAUGCUGAGCGUGACUUUUAUGCGGUGCUCCAAAUGGAACCGUAUCAUCAGGAUGCAAAUUAUUGGUAUACGCGAGUGCAACCAGCACGUGAUCAAUACAUGUACAUUGUGGAAUCGAUUCAGUACAAUAAUCAUCACAAUGCCAUCCAGUUGUUGACGCAAUUAUUGGAAAUAUCACCAUGGUCAAAGCUAUUACGUGAAAUGCGUGCCGAUAGUCACAUCAAUGUGGGUGACAUUUUAUCGGUGGUGUCGGAUUUACGGUCGGUCAAUCGAUUGACACAAGACAGUACUGAUGGAUAUUUCAAAUUGUCACAUUUAUUGUAUCAAAUCGGUCAUGCAAGCGAUGCAUUGAAAGAGGUACGUGAAUGCUUGAAAUUGGAUCCGGAACACAAAGACUGCUUCCCAUUUUAUAAGAAAAUUAAGAAGGUGGAAAAAGCGCUGACUGACGCACAUACAGCACUGGAACGUGGCGAAUAUCAAGAUUGCAUUGAUGCAACGAAAAGAGCACUUAAACUCGAAACCGAAAUUCCAAUGAUCAUCUUUAAUGCCAAGCAAAUGUCGUGCACUUGUCAUGUGAAGGCGGAGAAAUACAGUGAUGCCAUUGGACAGUGCCGUGAAGCGCUUGAAUUGCAGAAAGAUCCAAGCGUUCUGUGCGAUCGGGCAGAGGCUUAUAUGGAAACCGAUAUGUUCGAUGAUGCCAUUCACGAUUACCAAAGUGCCCUUGAGAUGGACGAGCAUUCGCAGCGUGCAAAAGAGGGUUUGGAAAAAGCAAAGGCGCGACAAAAGCAGGCUGAACGUCGCGAUUACUAUAAAAUAUUGGGUGUAUCACGUAAGGCGACAAAGCGUGAAAUUACCAAAGCCUAUCGAAAGGCCGCACAAAAAUGGCAUCCCGAUGCAUACCAAGGUGAUGCAAAAAAGGUAGCCGAAAAGAAGUUCAUUGAUAUUGCCGCCGCAAAAGAGGUGCUCACCGACGAUAAAAAGCGAGAGCAAUUCGAUAAUGGUGAAGAUCCACUUGACCCAGAAGGUGGACAAGGUGGUUUCCGUGGUCAAAAUCCCUUCCAACAUUUCUACCAUGGGUCACCGUUCCAAUUUAAAUUUCACUUCAACUGAGGAGACACCACAUUUCUCAUUUCUUUUGUGAUCUUCAUGACAAUGUCUUCAAUUUACUGCUUCUACAACUAUAUGAUAAAAAAUACCGUUUUUUUUUUAACAUGAAACAAAAAAAAAAGAGAAUAAUUUGAAUAAUUUUUUCGGCGUUACCGUUUAACACAAGCAACAAACAACAACAACAACAAAAAACUUGUAUAUCUCAGUCAUAUCCAAAAAAAAAAAAAUGAAAAAAAUGAAAAAAAUGAAACGAUCAUUUAACUAACAGUAGAGAGGAAUAAAAAAAAUAGAGAUAAUUCGACAUUGCUACGCACUUUGUUGAACAAAAUGCACAAAGGCAAUUGUUGUUUGUUGGCUGUUUUUUUUUUAGUAUCGAUUAAAGUGGCAAACUAACGAAAUACUGGCGAAACAUUGGUUUACACAUUGAACCGACAUUGGCGACUCAUUUGGCAUUCUCAUCGGAAAGAACGCAAAACAAAAAUUCAAAAUUCGCAUAAGAAGUUAAACAUUUUUAAUGAAUUUAAAAAGAAAGAAAUAAAAUGAAAAUUGAAAAGGGAAACACAAAUGAAAAAUAAAAACAUUUCCUAUGAAUGCAUCAUUUUAUGGAGAUGAUGAUGAUAAUAAAAAAAAACUGUAAAUAAAAUAAAUUAUUACAAAUAAAAAGCAGGAGAUGAAAAUAAAUUAUUAAUAUUCUAAUGAAA